AUGAAAGAUGUUUCUUUCCAAACAAAACCAUCUUGGAACCUUGACACAAAAAGUUACGGAAAUGCAUCAUCAUCUGUACCCAAGUUCCAAAAAGUAGAAAAACCACUCACACGAAAGAUGCUUGGUGUGUUGAAGAAAAACGGCUUGGCAGAAAAACAAAAAUAUCCUGAACAGGAAUUAGAACCCAACACAGUUCUCAUGGAUGGUCAUAUUAUUAAGAACUGUCACCCAUGUUUUUUAGAUGUCAUUCGAUCAUGGGAUUCUAAGAAAAUGGAACAUUUACUCUCCCAACCAGUGAAUGCCUCAAACUAUAUCGUUCCCAUUGAAGACAAUUGCACCGUUGCUGAAUUUUUGAAAAAUCAGCAAAACUACUGUGGAAGAAGAAAAUUUACUUUUCCAUGUGUUAUGGACAUCUUUGUGACGCUACCCAUGACUCACACUUUUCAAAGUGUGGACAAUGUGUCGACUGGCAUUAUUGGCAUUGUUAUAAUUGCAAUCGAUGCUCUUAUGGACAAACCAUUCCACGAUGUGAACACUGUGGAUUUUCUGUGA